AAAAGCCCCAUUUUAAAAAGUUGAAUGAUCUUUUUGAUAAAAGAAGUUUAGAGAUCAGAUUGUGCCAUUUUAAAUAAUUUAAUGAGAUUUUUGUCAUUUACUCUGUUAUGUAAGUAGUUGUAGUCUUGAGUGCAUUAAAUUCACAAAAGCUGAUGUGGCAUUUGGGGUUUAGCGGCAGCAGCAGCAAAAGAACCCAAAUUUUGGUCAGACAGACAGAUAGUAACUAGUAACAACAAAGUCGCCGGUCAUACAUCCACGCACAUAGUCGCAUACAAAGCCAAAGCCAAAGCCAUAGCCAUAGCCAGAGAAAGAAAUACAACCACCCAACAACAAACGAAAAAGCUCUCCUCUUUCACUUGUCCAGCCAGCCAGCCAGCCAGCCAGCGCGCGCCACCGGGCCUUCCUAGUUUCCCUUUCUUUCCAAGUGCCAUUUCUUCUUACACCCUCCCAGUCAACCCACUUAAUGCCUAUUUUUUGUAGUAAAACACGAAAACUUGAACUCUUUCUCACUCAGUCUCACUCCUGACUCCACCACCGCCACUUGCCCAUCACGACCGCCACCACAAUUUCCCCUCUCAGCUUCUCACCAUGCGCAUCCACCCAUUAGCUCCUUCUCCAGCUCCUGCUCCUGUUCCGUCUCCUCACAGCAAGGUUCCAUCUUCUCAUACCGCUGCCUUUCCUCCUCCCUCGUCCACGUCUUCAUCAUCAUCAUCAUCUGCAACAACAAAAACACCACCAUCUUCCUCAUCAUCUCCGUCUAAGUUACCUGUGGAGUUCAGCCCGCCAUUGAUAGCCAUGGUCGUCAUCAUUGCCACCGCUUUCGUCAUCAUCACCUACUCAAGGGUCAUCUCCCGCCACUUCCUCCGCCUCCACCGCCUCUACCGACGCCGCCGACGCCGCCGCCGUUACGUCCCCUCCUCCUCCGCCAGCAACAUCGAGUCCCCUCCUUAUCCUUUCGACCCAUCCGAUGCCUUUCACGUCUUCUCUCCAUACGGACUUGACGACUCCGCGAUCAAGACCAUACCGCUCUCUGUCCACGCCAGAAAGAGCAGCGUCCACGACUGCGCAGUCUGCUUAUUGGAAUUCGAAGAGAACGAUUACGUGCGAACCCUUCCGGUUUGUUCCCACGCUUUUCACGUUGAUUGCAUUGAUAUAUGGUUAAAAUCCCACGCCAACUGUCCCUUGUGUCGCGCCGGGAUAUUCCGGCCCGAGUCACCUUUCGUUCCGGUCAUGGCUGCCAGAAUCAGGCCCAGCUUAGAUGACAUGAUGAUGGAGAGCACAAUCUUAGAGCCGCUGGCGGAGAUUCAACCGGAGGAAUCCGAGUCAACCACCGUCGAGGAGAUUACACAGGAGCCCUCUCCAAGGAUUAAUAACACUCAAUCAUCGGAGGACCAAUUCAACGGCCGCGAUUUUCUGUUGAAGCGGUCGUAUUCAUUCGGCUUCGAACGUAAUUUAGGGUCGGAAAGGCUGGUUCUGGAGCCGGUGACGGCGUCUCCUUGGCGUUACCGGAGGGGAGGAGUCGGAAGCUUCUGGAGCAAACGGCCGUCGCCCUUUAGUUCGUUGACCAAGUCCAGAGUCUUCUCAUUCCGAUACUACAGAGGCAUGAACAUGAAAUCUCCAUUUUUCCGACGGCGUGGUGGCGGCGGCGGAGGAGGAGGAGGAGGAGUUGGGGGGAGCUUCUAUCCACUGUCGGAGUCGAGCGUGAGAUUCGGGGGUUCAGCAGCAUCAGGCGGAGGAGGUGGGUCAUCAAGGCGGAGCAGCAAGUCGUUUGCGAGCCCAAUGUUCAUGAGAACGUCGGGUGGGGCGGCUGGGGGGUUUUUCUCGUCGAGCAGGCAGAGAAGCGGUGAUCCAGAAGCUUUGCUGUCACCGGACAGAUAUAGCAAACGGUGAAGAUGAUGGACACGUGGAGGAGUUAAUAAUUGUUGGGGGGAAAUUAAUGAUGGUACGAUGAUGCUGAUGAGGAUGACAAAGACGACGGGUACUGCACGCGCGGGGAUCGGACGGUCGGAGAUGGAGGACAUGUUGUGGGCGAGCGUGCAUAAUUGAAUUUGAGAAGGGAGUGGGGGAGGAGGAAGCUGGGGGGUGGUUGCGGGUCUAAUAAUGCGGGGGGGAAUUAAAUGAGAAGAAGGGCAUUAAAACUUCUGCGUCCUGCUGCAGCUGAGGGCUAUUAAUUGGAAGGUGCGGUGGAAUUCGAGACGGCAUUAAUUGUUUGAAUUGACGACAUAAUACCACCACCACCACCACCACCACUUGCCUUGCCAGUUGCCACUAUCACUGUGAGAGGGAGAGGAGGAGAGAGAGAUAGAGAGGGAAGAAAUGUAGAGGUCCACAUCCACCUCCUCGGCUUACUACAGUUUACCCUACGCGAUACAAAUGCAAUGGCGCGGGGCUCUCCUUUUCCCCUUUUUUUUUUUUUUUUUUUGGGUUCAUUUGAUCUUUUAGUUUAACUAGUUUGGCGGCCCCUUUCAAGCGGUGCAGUAAGAAAUGGGAUGGGAGGACUGAGGAGUGGUGUAGACGGGGACUAUUAUGAUUCUUUUAUGAUCAGUGGGGAGAAGUGAUCAUUAAUUGCAUUUUUUACUUUUGGGGAUGGGGUCUUCUGAAUGAAUCUACACUAUUUAUCUUUUUUUUUUUGGGUUUUGAUUUGGAAAAAAGAGAAUCUGCUUGUUCACUUUGAUUGAUGACUGAUGACUGAUGACUGAUGACUGAUGAUAAUAGGAGGAUGGAAGUGAGGGAGAAAGUACCACUCCACUUACUAGUCGACUGUUGUGUUAACAGCGAAAUGGACUGCAGUGGUAGUGGACGGUGGCGGUGGUGGUGGUCUUUUCUUUCUGUUUUUGUUGGGAGGAUAGGGUUCGAUGCUUUCUUGCUAUCUCCUUCACAUUAAUGCACCGAUCUGUUAGAAAUGAAAUGGCCCAUGUUUUGCCUUUUGUAUUUUCUGCUCAACAGAUGAAAGAGAUUUUGUGUGGAUAGUUUA